AUGCAGACGAGUGAUUGUUUCAUUCAUUUCGUUUCACAUCUUUUCAUUCACUCACUUAUCUCCACUCUGUCCCUAUCACCAAAUUUCAUUGCAGAUUUGCUUACAAAGCGAAAGAUAACCUAUGAGGACGUCUUGUCCGCCAGUAAGGCUGGAGGUGGCUUCUUCCGUUUUAUCCUCUCAGUGGUCGGCUUCUGUGAUGUGGCCAAAGAGGUUAGACCAAAGCGAGAGCGUGUGCGUACACUGGAACGUGAAUACUUACGAGCCAAACGUGAGUUACAAAGGCUCACAGACGAGUUGACCCAACUUGAGGAGAUGUUGCGCACAUUAAAGCGCCAGUUCGCUGCAGCGCAGAUGGAGAUGGAACGGCUGGCUGCAGAGAUGACUGUUAUGCAGCGCCAAUUGCUGGCAGCUCAGAAACUAACGGCAGGCCUGUCAUCGGAGAAGGAAAGGCAAGAGAAAUGUCUUCACUACUGA